GUGACGGCCUGUCACACUGUUUUGAAGGAUACAGACAGAAAAACUUCCAAAUUCCAAACUUCGAUUAAAUAACCUUGACGUAUAUAUUUUUUAUAUUCCUUGUAGGCAAAAAGAAUAAAUAAUUAUUUGGUGCAAUUCCGUUAUCUGUUAUGGCAACAACGAAGUGAUUCACGAACUAUUGUAUCCAGUCUGAACACAGGUUUACAUUGGGGAAAAAACGUGUACCAGUUUUUUAUGACGGGAAGUGUACAUAAAUAACUAUUAAACAAUUUUUCGACCACGGUACUGCCUGGUACCAUCUGUCCGCCAGCGAGUAUAACUCCUCGUUAAUUAUAACAGAUGAACUACAUUUCAAAUUUUUUUGCAAAAACACAGCGUCUGAAACCUACUACUUUAGUUAGGUUUACACAUAGUCUGGAAUCAUCACAUAAAGUUAACAACUUAGAAAAGAAAUUUUUGGUAUGGACAGGCAAAUAUAAAAAUGUUGCAGAAGUACCACCUUAUGUUACUCAAAGUACAAUGGAGAGGUGUAGAAACAGAAUGAGAAUUAAAAUUGCAAAUUAUAUGAUGGCUGCUACAGCUGUAGGCUGUCUUGCUAUGGUUUAUUUGGGAAAACAAGAUGCCAAGAAGGGAAAAACUUUAAGUCAGGAAAAUAAAGAUUGGCAUGCGAAAAUUAAAGCUGAGCAUGAGGCCAAAAAAGAUAAUGCAUAAGUUAAAUUAUUUUAGAGCAUAAAAUGUAUAUAACACAUUAAGGGCCGGUUGUUCGAACGCUAAUCAAGAAGUUUAUUAUAAUUAAGUCCCCUUAACAACCAUCAAAUAACAACACCCCUCAUUCGUAUGUCAAUCAGUUAAUUGCAAUCAAUUAUGUUAAUUAUCAUUAUGAUAAUUAACAUAAUUGGUUGAUUAAUGAAUUAUUAAUUAACUUAACAAUUAUUAACAUAAUUGAUUAAUAAAUCUCAUAAUUGUAAUCAAUUAUGUUUUCAGCAACCCACACAAAGUUGACAUUGACAGUUGGUGACAGUAAUUAAAUAUUUGAUAAUGAUCAGUUGAUUCCAUUUUUGAUUAGCGUUCGAAAAACCGGCCCUAAGAAUUAUGUAGUGUGUAUUCAAUUGUAUAUAAAUGCGAAUUAAAAAGAA